AUGGGUUGCAUUAGUCACGACCGGAGCUGCCGUGUAGCUGGCAGCAGCCGGCCGGCUCUAAUAGAGAAAACACGGCCCAGUCUGGCGGCGGUGGGCGUCGCCGCGGACGUGACCGCCCGGCGAGCGGGCAGCCCGUGUAGUGUAAUUGCGGCCGCAUCUCAUCUCACUCGGGAGCCCGCUGGGGGAGCGGCAGAGCCGUGCUGUGCGGCCACUCAGCGCGGCCUUCCCGGGAGGCCCGCGACGCCACGGCCGCUCACAUUUAGCCGCGCCGCUUUACUUAUUCACGGCGGGCCGAAAGCCAGCGCGCCGGCCGCCCGUGGGGCUCGUUACGUGGGGCUCGCGCCAGCUCAACGUUGCCCCGUCUCUGACAGCCGUGAUAACAGCCCGGGCCAGGAGAUCCUCGACACCGUAUUCCGACAUCUCAAUCUCCUGGAGACGGCGUACUUUGGCCUGCGCUACCUGGACGCCUCAAACCAGACGCACUGGUUGGACCCUGCCAAGAAGAUUGCCAAGCAGCUGAAAGGGACGGAUCCUUUCACGCUGUACUUCGGCGUGAAGUUCUACGCGGCUGACCCGUGCAAACUGCUGGAGGAGAUCACGAGGUACCAGUUCUUCCUGCAGGUGAAGCAGGACAUCCUGCAGGGCCGGCUGCCUGUCACGUUCGACCUGGCGGCCGAACUGGGCGCCUACGUCGUGCAAUCGGAGCUGGGCGACUACGACCCCCGGCGGCACUCUCCCGGCUACGUCUCCGAGUUCCGAUUUCUGUCCAACCAGACCGUCGAACUGGAGUCCCGCAUCGCCGAACUGCACAAGGGCCUCGUAGGUCAGCUACCAGCAGUGGCGGAACUGAACUACCUGGACAAAGUGAAGUGGCUGGAGAUGUACGGCGUAGACUUGCAUCCUGUGCUGGGAGAGGACAAUGUGGAGUACUUCUUGGGCCUCACUCCCAGUGGCAUCAUUGUCCUAAGAAACAAGAACAAAGUCGGAAACUAUUAUUGGCCCAGAAUUACCAAGAUUUACUUCAAAGGCCGAUACUUCAUGCUUCGGGUGUGCGACAAGAACAACGACGAGAACACGUACGGGUUCGAGACGCCGUCCAAGUCAGCGUGCAAGCACCUGUGGAAGUGCUGCGUGGAGCACCACGCCUUCUUCCGGCUGGUGCAGGUCUCGCCCACCACGCCCGACAUCUUCUCUCUGGGAUCGCGAUUCAGGUACAGCGGGCGCACGGAGAAACAGGCCCAGCGCGACGCGCAGCUGCGCCUGCGCAGUCCGCCGCAGUUCACGCGCACGCCCAGCCGGCGCUACCAGCGGCGCAUCGUCGAGGGCGCGCAGGACGCGCCUAAAGUAGAGGAGACUCUCAACAAGGAAAACGCGCCGCCACCACCGCCAGUUCAGGAGCUGAAACCAAUUUCGACAGUCCCUCAGCCAAUACCUUCGGUAAGCAGUUUGUACCGAUCUACGUGUAGCAUCCCAGCAGCACUGCCAUCAACACAACAGCGGGCAGAUUCUCCUCGCUCGACACGGUCGGCACCGUGGACACAACCGGUUCACCAGCCACACAUGCGUGGUCUCUACUCCAGUUCCAGCCCACGUUCUGUACGCUCUGCAGGACAUCACAACAGUCAGCUGCUCAGCCGUCUCACACGCCGCUCCUCCAGUGUCGAGAGUCAGAGUUCGAAUGACUCACGCUCCUGCAAGAGACAUCGUCACCAUCGCAGUCGCCGAAGUUCAGACAAUGAGAGUGAAUUGUCAAAAGGCUCUGGGUCUGGCAAAUCUCACAGCCAUGGCCACCGACGACACCGACAUCGAUCCCACGGUACUCACCGGCGCGAGUCCAGCAGUGAACAGGACUCUCAUCACCGCCACAGACAUAAGAGCUCCAGCAAGCACAGGCACAGCAGCCAUUAUGAACUGGUGGACUCAGAAGCACAAUGGAAGGAAGUGCAAAGAAAGCAAGCUGAAGGAGGUACUGGCAUACAUAAGGCUAAUGUCAUUCCAAGUCGAAGAUCAGGCUAUAUGAACAGUGGUAUGGAGACUGAAUCAGAGCUGUCCUAUCACCAAAAACGCAAACAGAAGAAGCACAGGUCUAGAUCUCGAUCUCCAUCCGAAACAAAGCCAAGGCUCCCAGAUGAGUUAAAGAAACAUUUGGAAUUUGAUUUGAUUGAUACAGAGGGAAUGUCAGAAGCACAGCUAAGAGAAAUUCCUUAUAAAGUGGUUGAAACAAAUAGUAAAGCCUUAAGAGUCAAACUGUCACCAACCAGCAAGAGAAGACAACGUUCCCCACGAAGGACAAAAAGCUGUUCCACGCCGGAAGAGAAAUGUCAGCCUCCCAGCAGUGGAGACAGCCCACCACCUCCCUACUCUCCUCCAGAUGGUAGCGGACCACCCAAGCCUGGCCCUUUACCCCCAGGUGGGGGAGGCAACUCUGGCACUCAGGGUGGUGCAGGCUCCGGACUGACGGACUUCCUGAACAAGAACUCCGGAUCCAGUUCCGCCAGCCCUGCAGGAUCUCUGCGUAUACGCAAUACUAACACUGAUGUCAAUGGCAUUAAUAACAACAGUAGUAACAACAGCAAUAGCAAUAACAAUAACAGCAGCAACAACAACCAUUUACCAAGACUGUCAACAGCACUAAACGUGUUGGAAUAUCGUGGCAGUAAUGUAAGUGGCAGCAGUACUUCACGUGCUGGCCAUCCAAGGGCAUUCAGUUCUGCAUUAUAUGACAAUCCUACAACUCUCCUUGGAGGCAAGACCAAUGGGCACCUGCCACAAAAUAUCAACAACUUAAAAGCAAGUGCGUCCGUUAGUCACGAGCAUUCUGAUUCGGGACUCAGUGCAGAAUCCCAGGAUUAUAGUCUAUAUAGCACAGCAAGAUCAAAUGAUGGGCCAAAGUAUGCACAAACAACAAAGCUGUCAACUGCAUCUGUGCAGCCUCCUCUGCCUUCCUUAGUGAGUAAGGGUGGUGGCCGGGAUUACAAUCAACAACAACAACAACAAGCUAACACUCGGCCUUUUCACCAACCUACCUCCCACUCUUCACAAAGGCAAUGGGAAGAUGGUUCUUCAGGGUUAUAUCGCUCCUCAGCUUCUAAUGUAAAUAAUAACUGGAGCCAGCAGCACGGGGGUAGUGGAGGCCGCAGACGUGGGCCUCUCUACUACCAGCAAUCAUCAGGAAUCCUCAGGGACUCAAACAAGUUCAAUACAGGAGAUUUGGACGCAAGACGUUGUCGAGGCCAGGACGAACCGGGACUAACAGCCAACUUGCUCCACCAGAGGUCUCGCUCAGCCAGCUUAGAGCUUAUACUCUCGCCUCUCAUCCAAAGCACAUACAGUGAGUAUCAGCUUGCCUGCACCUUCUGCACAACGGGUGCAGUGGUUUUCAACCUCUGCUGCCGGUAAUCCAGAU